UUUCCGAAUUCAGUUUGUUACCAAAAGUAAAACGUUAACAGAAUGAAAUCCUUGGCAGUACUUGCAAUCGCCUUGGCCACACUGAGUGCCGUUUCGGCGCAGUGUCCUCGGAUCAUCAACCGUGCCGGAUGGGGAGCUCGGGCCGCCAACACGGCCGUCCUUCCGAAUCGUCCCGCUCCUUGGGUCGUGAUUCAUCAUACGGCCGGAUCCAGCUGUACGACGGAUGCCGCUUGUGCCCAGCAGAUGCGUAACAUCCAGAACCAUCACAUGAACAACAACGGAUGGGCCGACAUCGGGUACAAUUGGUGCGUCGGAGAGAAUGGAGCCGCCUACGAAGGACGCGGUUGGGGUCGUCAGGGUGCCCACGCUCCAGGAUACAACCAUCAGUCGAUGGGAAUUUGCGUGAUCGGAACGUUCACCAACAACAUCCCGAACCAGGCCGCCCGUACUGCCACUCAAAGGCUGAUUUCGUGCGGAGUCAGCAACAAUCACAUCUCCGGUAGUUACUGGUUGAUCGGACAUCGUCAGGCCGUGGCCACCGCCUGCCCCGGAAAUGCAUUCUUCAAUGAGAUCCGCAACUGGCCGCGCUUCAAUCCGAAUCCUUAGUGGGAAGUUUCGUUCUGUGAAAACUCGAUCUGUUUGGUCGGUAAAGUUCUGCUGUUCACGGGUAAAAAUCCAGUGCCCGUAUCAUGAUUAAAAAUCAUGAAACAUGUGGAUUUUCAUCCGUGUUGAGUUGAAAAAAAAAUGCAUAAGUUCAUUUUGUUAUUUUAAAAAUGAAGAACUUAUUUUAAUAAAAUUAUUUGUGUCAAAUUAAAA